AGACCCAAGUUGCCUGAUAACUACACUCAGGACACCUGGCAGAAGCUUCAUGAGGCAGUGAAAGCCAUACAAGGUAGUACCUCCAUCAGAUACAACCUGGAAGAGCUCUACCAGGCUGUUGAAAACCUCUGUUCUCAUAAAGUUUCCCCAACGCUUUACAAGCAGCUCCGCCAGGUCUGUGAAGAUCAUGUCCAAGCACAAAUUCUUCAGUUUAGAGAAGACUCACUAGAUAGUGUUUUGUUUUUAAAGAAGAUUAACACAUGCUGGCAAGAUCACUGCAGACAAAUGAUCAUGAUCAGAAGUAUUUUCCUGUUUUUGGAUCGCACUUACGUACUUCAGAAUUCCAUGCUUCCUUCCAUCUGGGAUAUGGGAUUAGAACUAUUUAGAAACCAUAUUAUUAGUGAUAAAAUGGUUCAGAGUAAAACUAUUGAUGGAAUUCUGCUAUUGAUUGAACAAGAAAGAAAUGGUGAAGCUGUUGACCGAAGCUUAUUGCGAAGUCUGCUGAGUAUGCUCUCUGAUCUUCAGGUAUAUAAAGAUUCAUUUGAACUGAAAUUUUUGGAAGAAACUAAUUGUUUAUAUGCUGCAGAAGGCCAAAGGUUAAUGCAAGAAAGAGAGGUUCCAGAAUAUCUUAACCAUGUAAGUAAACGUUUAGAGGAAGAAGGAGACCGAGUAAUCACGUAUUUAGACCACAGUACACAAAAACCACUGAUUGCUUGUGUGGAGAAACAGCUAUUAGGAGAACAUUUAACAGCAAUUCUGCAGAAAGGACUUGAUCACUUACUUGAUGAGAACAGAGUGCCUGACCUCACUCAGAUGUACCAGCUGUUUAGCCGAGUGAAGGGUGGGCAGCAGAUCCUGCUUCAGCACUGGAGCGAGUACAUCAAGACUUUUGGGACAACGAUUGUUAUCAAUCCUGAAAAAGAUAAAGAUAUGGUUCAGGACCUGCUGGAUUUUAAGGACAGAGUGGACCAUGUGAUAGAAGUAUGCUUUCAGAGGAAUGAGAAGUUCAUCAACUUGAUGAAGGAAUCCUUUGAAACGUUUAUCAACAAGAGGCCAAAUAAGCCCGCAGAACUAAUCGCAAAACAUGUUGAUUCAAAAUUGAGAGCGGGUAAUAAAGAAGCAACAGAUGAAGAGCUGGAGAGGAUCCUUGACAAAAUCAUGAUAAUAUUCAGGUUUAUUCAUGGUAAAGAUGUCUUUGAAGCAUUUUAUAAAAAAGAUUUGGCAAAAAGACUCCUUGUGGGAAAAAGUGCCUCAGUCGAUGCUGAAAAAUCUAUGUUGUCAAAACUAAAGCAUGAAUGUGGUGCUGCUUUCACCAGCAAACUGGAAGGCAUGUUCAAGGACAUGGAGCUCUCCAAGGACAUCAUGAUUCAUUUCAAGCAGUAUAUGCAGAAUCAGAGUGACCCAGGCUCUAUAGAUCUAACAGUAAAUAUACUUACUAUGGGAUACUGGCCAACAUAUACACCUAUGGAAGUACAUUUAACUCCAGAAAUGAUUAAACUUCAGGAAGUAUUUAAGACAUUUUAUCUCGGAAAGCACAGUGGUCGAAAACUUCAAUGGCAAACUACAUUGGGACAUGCUGUUUUAAAAGCAGAGUUUAAGGAAGGAAAGAAAGAGUUCCAGGUAUCCCUCUUCCAGACUCUGGUGCUUCUCAUGUUCAAUGAAGGGGACGGAUUCAGCUUUGAAGACAUAAAAAUGGCCACUGGGAUAGAGGACAGUGAAUUGCGGAGAACAUUACAGUCACUGGCCUGUGGCAAAGCACGAGUUCUGAUUAAAAGUCCCAAAGGAAAGGAGGUAGAAGAUGGAGACAAAUUCAUUUUUAACGGAGAUUUCAAACACAAGUUAUUUCGAAUAAAGAUCAAUCAAAUUCAGAUGAAGGAAACCGUUGAAGAACAAGUCAGCACCACUGAGCGAGUGUUUCAGGAUAGACAGUAUCAGAUUGAUGCUGCCAUCGUCAGAAUAAUGAAGAUGAGAAAGACUCUGGGUCAUAAUCUCCUAGUGUCGGAAUUGUAUAACCAGCUGAAAUUUCCAGUAAAGCCUGGAGAUUUGAAAAAGAGAAUUGAAUCUCUUAUAGACAGAGACUAUAUGGAGAGAGAUAAAGACAAUCCAAAUCAGUACCAUUACGUGGCCUGAUGCAUUGGCCAGCUGUUUUCUCUCAGUGAGACACUGGAAUGUAUCUCCAGAGCAGUGAAACACCUCUGUGCUGUUUCCAGGGCUUUCUGGGAUUGAGCCAGCACAGAUACUUUGGAUUCGAAGGAAAGGAGAUGAUUCUUGAAUAACCCUUCACAAGGCUUAAGGAUUUGCAAAUGGCAUAUAUAUCUUUUCACCCUCCAGUUCUUCCUCUUGUUCUUUUAGGCAUUUAAGUUGUUUCCAUUGCUCUGUGCAGAAUGACAUUGGGAUUGGACAAGAAGAUACUGGUUAAAUGAGGUUCCUUUGUAAGGUGGUGUUCUUGUGGCAAAAAAAACUGAAAGUUUGGUUUGUUUUUGUGUGUGAUCAUGAAUGCACAAUAAAAAGACCCUCUAUGCUGCAUUCUUUAGCUACAGAGAUUACUUAGGUAUUCCUGAAGAUAAGCUAUUUUAGUUGAUGAACACUUAGAUUAAAACAAGAACCCUUAAUUGGUGAACAUUAAGAAGAAAGUCAGUGUUAAAAACUGGCUUAUUAAUUAUGCAAUCUAAAUACUGGCAUCUGUUUUUCAUUUAUUUUUAAAAAGUUUUAAACUUUAAUGACUGAUUUUUCUAUAAUGAGGUUUCUCGGUGAGAUCUCUGAUGUGCCAAGAGGACAUCGGGUCUGAUGUGUUUGGAGCAAUGAACCCAUCAGCGUCUUUAUUUCCACUGAAUUAUUUGUGAAUUUUCUGUUUAAGGUUUUGGGGGGAGAGUGUGUUUGUGUUUACCAUUCUAAGAUUGAGUCUAGCAGUCCCUGUAUUUUGCAUUGGGGUAACUGCUGUUUGAUUUUUUUUUAAUUGCAGUAUUUGUAUGAAUGGUAUAAUAAAGUUUGGUUUUGUUCUUACAGUCACGCACAGGGACAGUCGUCAUUCUCUGUGCCAUAACCACUGUAAAAUGUUUUAUAGGAGACUUAAAGUCUUUAUUGUGAAGCAGAGGUUAUUUUGUCAAAAGAUUAAAAGGAUUUCAUUGGCA